AUGUCGGUUCUUUCGUCGUCGGACGACGAUGAGCAUUGCUCCCGAACAAUUGAGAGCUUCCUCCAACCGCUAGCCAUCACCGAUGCCACGCUCUAUGAGCUCUCCUACCGUCUGUCAAAGGUCUACCGUACCCUUGCAUUGACGGGGGAUGGACAUUUCUUUCCUACUCCGGUCACUUGCCUGCCCAGCGGCAGAGAAACGGGCGUCUACCUCGCCGUUGAUGUCGGAAUGACCAACCUGAGAGUCGCUUUCAUCGAGUUGCUAGGUUGCUCGUCUGCUGAUUGUCACUCUCCCGGCGACCGAAGCGCCUCGCAGUCAGUGUCUGAUCGAAGGGUACGAAGGACGAUUGAGAAGGCCUGGCGGAUUGAAGAACGUCUAAGGGAGGACAAGGAAGAAGCGCUUUUUAGCUGGAUAGGGAGCUGUAUAGCCGAAGUCGUUGCUGAUGAGCUGACCGUCUAUGAUUCGGCCGAUCAAUCACUUCCUCGAGAGAUAGAGACUGGCAUCUCAUUCAGUCUGCCUAUACGGCAGGAGUCGCUAGACGAAGCGACAUUGAUGCCAAUUGGCAAGGGAUUCACUAUCAAAUCGAACCUCAACCUUCGCAGAGCGGUGCUGGAUGGCUACGAGCUCCAUUGCUAUCAACCGAAUAGGGACCAGCCGCAGCCACAGCCCAAACGGCGCAAGACAUACACGCUGCCGGCCCUCAACAUCAUAGCCAUAGCCAACGACACUGUUGCGACUCUGGUCUCGCUUGCAUACGCCGUAAAGUCCCUGCCAAACACCAGAGUGGCCAUGGGCAUUGUAGUUGGCACAGGCUGCAAUGCCACCAUCCCCAUGAAGCUAAAGGAUUUGCACCAGACGAAAGCCUGUCAGAUACGCUCAUACAACCCGAACGCAACGGAGGCUGUCAUUAGCACCGAGUGGACGCUCCAGGGGACUGAAGGGCCCUUGAAGGAGCUGGGAAUCAACACAGCAUGGGAUGAUCAACUGAACGCCCGCUCGGUCAGGCCGGGAUUCCAGCCAUUUGAAUACCUCACUGGCGGCAGAUACAUCGGGGAACUCAUCCGUAUUAUUGUUCACGACUACUUUACGACCAUCCUGCCCUAUUCCUCCGCCGUUCUCCCUUGCGCUCUCACGAAACCCUACGCCCUCACGGUCGACUUUGUCUCUGAUGUCAUCGCUACCUCUCGAUCGGAUAGGGAACUAGCUGCCAGACUUACUCGAAAGCUCGCUUCGCCCAUCAAGGACUUGUGGCUCUGGACUCCUGCAUCUGCUCGCGUCGUGCGAGUUACUGCUGCGGCAGUUCAAACUCGCUCAGCCGCCCUGAUUGCGGCAGCUUCGGUGGCCCUGCUCGCGUGUAACCACGAAAUACGCCUUGAAUGUCCGCAGAGAUGCACCUCGCUGGGAAAGCUGCAUUCUAUCACUUCUCCGUACCAGAACCCCCUUCUACUGCCGACGUCGAGGUCAUCUGCGAGCUGGCAGCGAGGCCCGGAGGAGCUGGUUGUGGCGUAUACAGGCAGCAUCAUACAGCAUUAUCCCAACUUCAAGGUGCUGUGUCAGGGCUAUAUUGACCGGCUAGUUAUCCGAGCUGGGCCUCAGGAGGGAGGAAAAAGCGUUCUCUUGCGAGAGGCGAGCGAUGGAUCGGUCAUCGGAGCUGGUGUUUUGGCAGGAAUGAUAGCAUCGGGGUGA